CUCAUGCAACCUUCGUUGAUUAGUAUCAUUUGUAUACAUUUGUGUCUGUUAUCUUCAAAUAGUAUUAAUGUUAUUUAUCUUUCAAUGAAAUGGAACUUGUCGAUAAAUAUUACGAUAAAGCGGAGUAUGUUGAGACCACUUCAGGAAACAAAGUGAGCAGACAAACUGUUCUCUGCGGUUCCCAGAACAUAGUCUUGAACGGGAAAUGUAUCGUCCAGUCAGACGCUAUCAUACGUGGAGACUUAGCCAAUGUACGCACCGGCCGAUACUGCAUCAUUAGUAAAGAUGCGGUUAUUAGACCUCCCUUCAAAAAGUUCAGUAAGGGUGUAGCUUUUUUUCCCUUGCAUAUGGGAGAUCAUGUUUAUGUCGGUGAAGGUUCCAUAGUCAAUGCUGCAUCUGUGGGAUCUUAUGUGUACAUUGGAAAAAAUGUUGUUAUUGGAAGAAGAUGUAUUUUGAAAGAUUGUUGUAUGAUUGAAGACGAUGCUAUAGUGCCCCCUGAGACCGUAAUCCCAUCAUUCACGCUGUACAGUGGUAGCCCUGCAGUUAGGAGAGAUAAUCUCCCUGAUUGCACGCAGGAUAUCAUGAUAGACUUCACCAGGAAUUAUUAUCAGCACUUUAUACCAAAACCGAAAACUAAAGAUGAGCUGGUGUAGCGUAUCGGUCAUAUAAUUUUUAAUUAUUAUUAUUAUUUCAAGUAAUUUUCUAUAAAGUGCACUAUUAUUUAACAAUACUGUAAGUUUAUUUAUAGCAAAAAGAGAUUGUGAUAUUGUAUGCUUAUCUAUAUUAUGUUAAAAAUGUAAAUGUUCAAUAUCGCUAUGGAGCUUCUGUUUAACUAGAUAUGUUUUCACUAAAGAGUUAUUACUUUAAUAUGUUUUGUAUUGUAAACAUUAUAUUUAUUGUAUUCGUAUUUAACAUAU